AUGUAUAAAGAAAAUGAAAAAAUACAGGAAGAACUGGAGCUUUCAGCAAUAUUCACGAAGUUUUUAGAAUGUUUGGCAAAGAAUAGUCAUUUAGGAGGAGAGAAUAUAGUGAAGCACUCAAAGAAUAUAUUGAGGAUAUUUUUGAAAGAGUUUCCUGAAAAGCUUUAUCAUUCAAAGAGAUAUUCAUCACAGUCAACAGAUGGUUCCAUUUCGGGAAAUUUCUCUCCAUCCCAGAAUGCAACAUCCAAUCAAACUCCAAUUAAGGUUUGUUCGAGAAAUUCAAGAGGAAAUGGAAGAGAGGUAGAAGGGGAGGAUAAUAAUGAAGAAAAAAGAGAGAACGACGAUAUAUUGCAGAAAGCCUUCAUGAAUAGAUGUUUUAGCGAUGGUCUGAUGUUUGCUCAUUCAAAUUUGAGUCAGAAUCCUAAUUUUUAUUCAGGAGAAAUUUUGGAUUUUGAAUUGGAGUUAGAGGCCGAAAGGCAAAAUAUAAAGGUAAAUGAGAAAGAAGUAAACGAGCGGAAUAUGAGAAAAGACUUAUAUGAUUACCCUAAUACCACUUCUGUUUCUUCCUCCUCUUCGACAUCCGCAAUAAACUCUCCUUUCUCUAACACGCCAACUUCUGGGCGUCCUUCUAUUUACAGAGUAAUGACAAGUACUACAGUUGCAUUUCCUUCUUAUAAUGAUGAUGGUAUGGAAAAAUUGAAUAUAGCUUUGAAGGAGGAUAGACUUAGAAGGAUUUCAACACAUUCUAAUAGAAUUUGGCCUUCAAAUGUUACAACUUACCUUAAAGGAAUUGACAUUUUUCUUAGGAUUCCAGAGUAUAUACGCCCAAAGAAAGAUGGAGCUAUGUUAAAUUUAUCAAUUGGAAGUUGCUCUCAUCCUCAUCCUUCUAAAGUUCAUUAUGGAGGAGAGGAUGCUCAUUUUUAUGAAGAAAACGUUAUUGGAGUUGCCGAUGGUGUGGGAGAAUGGGCAAAUUUUGGAAUCAAUCCAAAACUAUUUGCCUCCGAACUUAUCUCUGGAAUGAGAGAGGCUUAUCUAAGUACGAAAUGCAUGCAACCAUAUUUCCCGCCUAAUGACGUGGCAAUUUUAAAGAAGAAUGUGCAUGCAAAUAGUGAGUUGGAAGUGGGGAAUGUGAAUGUGGAAAGCAAAAAUGCCUUGGAAUUUAGUGGGUUUAAAUGUCGUUCUAAAGGAGCGAAGUUGAAGUUUGAUAUAUCUUAUAAUAAGGAAGAGAAAAGUGAAUCACAGAGUGACUUUGAUAACAAGAAGAGAGAUAGUAGAGGUUAUGUAAACGGUGAGAAGGACGAGUUACUCAAAGUGGGGAAGGAGUUCAAUGAUAGUCCUCGGACCCUUUCUUACUCUCAGUUUCUGUUGAUGGAGGGAUAUAAAAAUACACAAUCAUUUGGUUCAUCAACAGCUUUUGUAGCAUGCUUUGAUCCAAAAACCUGCAAACUUCAGAUUUCAUAUUUGGGUGACUCUGGGAUAAUUAUACUGAGGAGGACCCCUGAGACUUUUAGGAUGGGGAUAGUGUACAGAAGUCCCGUUCAACAGCAUUCUUUUAAUUGUCCAUUUCAAUUAUCAAAACUACCAACACAUGAGGACUUCCCUAUGUUGCAAGAAAAGGGAUUAACUUGUUUUAUCAAUCUGGUCAAAAACAGUGAAGGUGUACCUCAGGAUCUGCCAUCUCAUUCAAUUUACAAAGAAAUUACGCUUUCCCAGAGUGACUUGAUUGUAAUUGCAACAGAUGGGUUAUUUGACAAUUUAUAUGACUAUGAAAUUUGCAGUAUUUGUAGUGGAGCAAUUUCCCCAUAUGAGGCAAUUCAGCUAUUAAAGGACCCCAAAUUAUAUUCUAGUCCUCAUAAUAUAUCCAAAGCUUUGGCAAAUGCAGCAUAUAUUAAAUCUUUGGAUCCAAAGGCAAAGACUCCUUUUAACAAACAAUGUAAUGUGAACGAUGAGCUGUGGCAGUUUAGUACUGGAGGAAAAUUGGACGAUAUUACCGUUGUUGUUGCUUGGGUUGUAAGUGAGAUAGAUCAGAUUAUUUUAAACAGUAGACCAGACAAAUUCAAAUAA